CAUUUCCCAUGGUGGUGAGAGCUGGGAUGAAUAUAAAACAGCGUGGCAGGGAGGAGGCAAAUGUGAGUCUGGAGGGUUCCUGGAGAAUGGGGCCUGAGGCGUGACCACCCCCUUCCUCUCUGGGGGGACUGCCUGCCGCCUCCGCAGACACCCAUGGUUCAGUGCCCUCCAGGCCCCUGCCUACCCCAGCAUCCCCUGCGCGAAGCUGGGUGCCCCGGGGAGUCUGACCACCAUGCCACCUCCUUGCCUCCUCUUCUUCCUCCUCUUCCUCACCCCCAUGGAAGUCAGGCCCCAGGAACCUCUAGUGGUGAAGGUGGAAGAGGGAGAUAACGCUGUGCUGCAGUGCCUCGAGGGGACCUCAGAUGGCCCCACUCAGCAGCUGGUCUGGUGUCGGGACUCCCCGUUUGAACCCUUCUUAAAUCUCAGCCUGGGGCUGCCAGGCAUGGGAAUCCGCAUGGGGCCCCUGGGCAUCUGGCUUUUAAUCUUCAACGUCUCUAAUCAGAUGGGGGGCUUCUACCUAUGCCAGCCGGGGCUCCCCUCUGAGAAGGCCUGGCAGCCUGGCUGGACAGUCAGUGUGGAGGGCAGCGGGGAGCUGUUCCGGUGGAAUGUUUCGGACCUAGGUGGCCUGGGCUGUGGCCUGAAGAACAGGUCCUCAGAGGGCCCCAGCUCCCCUUCUGGGAAACUCAACAGCUCCCAACUGUAUGUGUGGGCCAAAGACAGACCUGAGAUCUGGGAGGGAGAGCCUGUGUGUGGCCCACCGAGAGACAGCCUGAACCAGAGCCUGAGCCAGGACCUCACCACGGCCCCGGGCUCCACACUCUGGCUGUCCUGUGGGGUACCCCCUGACUCUGUGUCCAGGGGCCCCCUCUCCUGGACCCAUGUGCGCCCCAAGGGGCCUAAGUCCUCAUUGUUGAGCCUAGAGCUGAAGGACGAUCGCCCAGACAGAGAUAUGUGGGUAGUGGACACGGGUCUGUUGUUGACCCGGGCCACAGCUCAAGACGCUGGGAAGUAUUAUUGUCACCGUGGCAACUGGACCAAGUCAUUCUACCUGGAGAUCACUGCUCGGCCAGCACUAUGGCACUGGCUGCUGAGGAUUGGUGGCUGGAAGGUCCCAGCUGUGACUUUGACAUAUCUGAUCUUCUGCCGUUCCCUUGUGGGCAUUCUUCAACUUCAAAGAGCCCUGGUCCUGAGGAGGAAAAGAAAGCGAAUGACUGACCCCACCAGGAGGUUCUUCAAAGUGACGCCUCCCCCAGGAAGCGGGCCCCAGAACCAGUAUGGGAACGUGCUAUCUCUCCCCACACCCACCUCAGGCCUCGGACGCGCCCAGCGUUGGGCCGCAGGCCUGGGGGGCACCGCCCCGUCUUAUGGAAAUCCAAGCAGCGACGUCCAGGUGGAUGGAGCCGUGGGGUCCCGGAGCCCUCCGGGAGCGGGCCCAGAAGAAGAGGAAGGGGAGGGCUAUGAGGAGCCCGACAGUGAGGAGGGCUCCGAGUUCUAUGAGAACGACUCCAACUUUGGGCAGGACCAGCUCUCCCAGGAUGGCAGCGGCUACGAGAACCCUGAGGACGAGCCCCUGGGUCCUGAGGAUGAAGACUCUUUCUCUAACGCUGAGUCUUACGAGAAUGAGGAUGAAGAGCUGACCCAGCCAGUCGCCAGGACAAUGGACUUCCUGAGCCCCCAUGGGUCAGCCUGGGACCCCAGCCGGGAAGCAACUUCCCUGGGGUCCCAGUCCUAUGAGGAUAUGAGAGGGCUCCUGUAUGCAGCCCCCCAGCUCCGCUCCAUUCGGGGCCAGCCUGGACCCAAUCAUGAGGAAGAUGCAGACUCUUAUGAGAACAUGGAUAAUCCCGAUGGGCCAGACCCAGCCUGGGGAGGAGGCGGCCGCAUGGGCACCUGGAGUGCCAGGUGAUCCUCAGGUGGCCAGCCUGGAUCUCUUCAAGUCCCCAAGAUCCACACCUGACUCUGAAAUCUGAAGACCUCGAGCAGAUGAUGCCAACCUCUGGAGCAAUGUUGCUUAGGAUGUGUGCAUGUGUGUACGUGUGUGUGUGUGGGUAUACAUGUCAGUGACACUUCCAGUCCCUUUUGUAUUCCUUAAAUAAACUCAAUGAGCUCUUCCAAUCCUA